AUGCAAAGGAGGAAAAGACUUCACACAGUUUUACAAAAUUAUUAUGUCACUAACUGGUUUUCAGUAAAACCGAAGGUUUUUCCCUCACCUCCCUUCAGUUUUAAGGGGAAGCUUCUCAUCAGUAAGAAAAACUUUUCCGUUUUUUCAAAGCUGGUAGAAUCGUCCUCCGCCUAUGGCAAUGACAAAGGUGUUGAUGUCACCAGGGGGGGUAUCCAGAGGGGUGAAACAGAAAAAGUUAUAACCCCAAAUGGGGGAGCACCUUUAGAUGGCGCUAAUGCACAGACGCACGAACCCCCUUCGCAACUGUGUGAAAAUACCCAAUGUGGUCACACGUCUGACGUGAAGGUGAACCAAGAACUUACUAACGGUCUUGCUGGGGGGAUAUGUAGCCCCGUAGGGGGGGUGCUGCACAUAGGCCCCAAUGUACACUCAGGAGUUAUUGCUAAGGUGGGAGAACUUGCCCCGAAGACAGCUCCCAUGGAAGGAAGCGAUAAGAGCACUAAGGACAGUGUAACUGGAAAAAAAAAAACAAAAACAAAGAAAAAAAAUGCACCAAAGGAAAAGGGUGAAAAGGGGAGGAAAAAAAAAAAAAAAAAAAAAAAUCAAAAUGGAAAGCAAAAUGAAAAGCAAAAACAAAGGAAGAAGAAAAAAGAAAACUGUCAAAAUGAUGAAAUGAAGGUGAAGUCCCUAAUCGAGAACGAAGAGACCAUCCAGAGGGAUAAUCAAAACGCCCCCGAAAAGGCAAUCCAACAGGAUGAAGGCGAAAAAUGCGUCAGCAAAAAGUUUAGUAAGGAAGACUAUUACAGACAAUUUGAAUUGAUAUGCAAAAACAGCAACAUCAUAAUAGAGAAAAUAAACCAAGUGCAGGACAUCUCCCCCUUUGUCCAGAAACACACAUCAUCCCUAAAUUUUGGAAACAUCUACGCGUACAAUAAUUUACUUUACGAAAUUUAUGACAAGUUUGUAGAUGGGGACAUUAAGAAGGUGAAAAAACUGAUAAAAAAUUAUAGCAAGUUGGUAAAGAAGAAUCUUCAACGAAAAAUAAAAUACUUUGAGGCGUUUCACAAAAUGUGUCCAGAGGAGUACAACCAUGUGCUGACAUGCUUAUUUAUUCAGUCGAUUGAUAUAUUAAAGGAUGAAGAUAUUAGCCACACGUUUAAUUAUGACCAGGUUAUAUGUACCAGUAGGGAUACUGAGGGGGGGAUAGCAGAGCUCCCUGGGGGGGAAGAAGAAGAACAAGAAGCCUUCACAAAUUUGGAAAGAAAUGUUGACAAGGGAGAGGCGGGGGAUGGCACGGCAUUCUGCGUGGAGAAUGGCAACAGGGACGACAAAACGGUUGGUAACGAGGGUGGAAAUGCUGACCAAAAGGAAACGGGGGGGAAGAAGCCCCCACGCGCACAUUACCAACAGAGACAAUUCACCCCCAGUAACAAAAUUGUUUACGAAAUGGAUGUGCACUUCGAUGAGGGAGAAGCGGAAAAAAUCACCUCUCCUGUCGAAGCAAACCUCCCGAAUGACGUGGAUGAAGCAACCACCCCGCACAGCAUUAACGAAAACAACUUCAUCAUUGUAUACAACCUUCCCAUAAUCAACUACAACCUGCUAAGAGCGGAAUUGAAGGAAGCCUUCUCCUUUUGUGGCGAAAUAAAGAGCAUGGAAUUUUUCAGUGAUCGCCUUAAAACGGUAGACAUAAACGCACUAAAUGAUGAAGCAGAAAUGGAAAGUUCGCAAAAUGUACGAUCUGCUAAGAGUAAGAAGAAUGGAAGCACCCGCAGUGGAAACGCAAAGGGGGGGAAGAGCAACCAACCUAGAUGCACUAAUGGGAACAAAAUUCAAAAUUCAUUUAACUUGAAUAGCUACACACAGCUGUACGCCAUUAUAGAAUUUUUUGACGAAAAAUCUGCAAACCUAGCCACUAGCGAGUUUUUGAGAAUCUUUGGCAUUUUUUGUUUUAACAAAUUAGUGUAUGUAGAUAAAUGUGUAAAUAAAAACAUCAUGAUCAUAACGCACCUUCCCUUUCACUUGAACAUUUACAAUAUAUUUUACUUGCUAUUAAAUGCGUCCCUCCUCAAAUUGGAUGUAUUAAAUGCAGGGGGAGAAGGGAAAGCUGCUCCCGAAUUAAGCGUCUCCAAGGGUGGGAACUGCGCUCAGGAGGAUCAGGCACUCGGCCAAAGUAACCACCUAGGAGUAACAUCAGAUGAUAACAAACCAAUAUCUGAUAGGAACAGAAGGAGAAGGUGUGAAAUUUCCCUCCGAAACAGCAACAUCCGUAUUGAAAGCUGCGAUUCGAUUUUUAGUGAGGCACCUAGAAUGAGCAGCCAAAAUGUGUACGAUUAUAUAUGCGAAAUUUCUAAAAAGAACUUUCUACAGUUUAAGAAAAAAAAAAACAUAAAAUUGGAAGCAUGGACAAAUGAUGAUGACAGUGGCACGGAAGGAAAGAACAAUAACUUCGAGUCAUUUGCCGAUUUUUAUCAAAAUCAAAAUAAAAAAAUGAAGACGAAAAAAGUGAAUGUCCAUAACAAUGGAAGAAUUUUAAUUCUCCACUUUGACAGCUUUAAAUAUAUGUAUGAUUGCUUGAAAAAAUUUAAACAUAUUUUCGGCAAAAAAAACCAUAUGAUUUUUUCAGUCAAUUUGAGGAGGUGCAUUUAUCGGAAUGGCGCAAUCAGGGACUGUGUGCAGGUUAAGGAUGGCAGGAUUGGGAGGGGCCUUAACGUGGAGGCCAAGUCGUCAGCAGGAUGA